GAGGGCCAAUGGCAGGGAGCCGCGCCGGCACGCUGUCAGAUCUCGUGGCUGCAAAUUGUUCUGCUGGCUUCAACUUCCGCCAGCGUCGCCAUCACCAUCCAGCUUGCUCGGCCCAGAAUCCGUCGUUUUCAUAGUCAACUACCGCACUCCUACUCGUCGCAUCAUCAAUCGUCCCGCUCUAGGCGGCAACUCCUCGACGCGCAUGUCUCGCUGAUAAUUUUCCCUCUUCCCUCUUCCUUCUUCCUUUUCUCUUUUUUACAUUUCACUUUAUUUUUAAUUCUACGUGCGACCUUUGACGCGGAGCUCCGAGAGCUAUACGACGCGUACCGGUUAUCUAUGCGAUACGCGGUGCUUUGGGGCCUGGCCUACUGCGCCGCCGGCUGGGGGGUUGACGCUGCUGCAGCCCUCGAGGAUGGCCAUAGGCUGGACGUCCAUCCGGUCCGCCAAAGAGCGAACGCGGGGACGAUAGGACUCGACCACACCCAGACUCCAACCGCUCGCCGACGACUGCAUGGCCGUUUUUUGCACAUCACUGACUUCCACCCCGAUCCUUUCUACAAGACCUACUCGAGCACAGCACAGAAUGCUGCAUGCCACCGCAAACGAGGGCCCGCUGGCUACUAUGGCGCCGAAACAUCCGGCUGUGACUCGCCCUUAUCGCUCGUCAAUGCGACCAUGGACUGGAUCAAGCACAACAUCGCCGACGACAUAGAUUUUGUCGUCUGGACCGGCGACUCGGCCCGCCACGACAAUGACGAUGGACACCCGCGAACCCGCCGCCAGAUUGUCCAGCAAAACGAGCUCAUGGUGGAAAAGUUCGUCGAGGUCUUUGGUACAAACAAAGGUGGCCAUGGGGGCUCAGAAAACGCUUUUAGAAUUCCCAUCGUGCCUACGUUUGGCAACAACGAUAUCAUGCCACACAAUAUCUUGCUCAAAGGCCCGAAUGAGUGGACUAAGAAGUAUCUGAACAUAUGGACGGAUCUGGUACCCGAGGCGCAGAAGCACCAGUUCCAACAAGGUGGCUGGUUUUGGGUCGAGGUCAUACCGGGGAAGCUGGCUGUCAUCAGUUUGAACACCAUGUACUUUUUCACCUCCAAUCCAGGUGUCGACGGAUGCGCCAACAAACACGAACCCGGCUACGAACAAUUCGAAUGGCUGCGCAUUCAGCUUCAGCUCAUGCGCGACCGCGGCGUCUCCGCCAUCCUCAUCGGCCAUGUACCCCCUGCCCGCGUCAACAGCAAAGAAAGCUGGGAGGAAACAUGCUGGCAAAAAUACACUCUGUGGGAGAGGCAAUUUCGCGAUGUCAUCGUGACUUCCCUUUUCGGGCAUAUGAAUGUGGACCAUUUUAUGCUCCAAGACUCCAAACAGCUCAAAAAGAGCACCAAGAACGGUAAAAUGGCCAGCAAGCGAGUGAGGGGCAAGGAAGCCGACGUCAAUACUUUUCUGGAAGACGGCGAAGUUACGGUUGCCAGCGCAUCGGACUACCUUUUGGAUUUGAGGAAGAGGUGGGCCAAACUGCCGUCUCCGCCUGCAAAGAAAUCGCCGCAAUCGAGUGCCAACUUUGGCGAGUUCUCGGACGAAGACGAAGAGGUGGACAGCGAGCGGAGAGAGGAAGAGGAGCAGCUUUCAACGUGGCAACGCGUUUUUGGGAAUCUCUUCUCAAGAUCAAAGAAAGGCGGAGGGAAGAAUGGCGGAAGCAAGAAACCAAAAAAGGGCAAAUCGUACCUCGAAAAAAUAGGCGGUAAAUAUGCGGAACGCUACAGCGUGUCCCUCGUAUCUCCGUCUAUCGUACCCAACUACUUCCCUACCAUCCGAAUCUUCACCUACAACACUACUGGGCUCGAGGAUGGGGUCGACGCUUCCACACUACCGCUAACGCAAUCCUCCUCUUCUUCCACACCGCAUAACCAGAGCCCCCUCCUCCCAUCUCCCGAUGAUUUCGACACCGACAAUCCAGAAGACGACAGCGCGUACCUCCGCUACAUCACCACCUCCCUCGCACGCAAACAAAAGGACAAAGAAUCCCUCCAAAAGAGCAGAAAGCGCAGGAAAUACAAAUUCAAGGUUCCAGAAGGUCCCUCCAAAUCUUCCCCUCCAGGUCCCGCAUACUCUCCGCAGCCGCUCACACUACUCGGCUACACGCAGUACUUUGCCAACCUCACCCGCAUCAACAACGACUUCGUCGCCGCCGGUAGCAGGAGCAUGUCACAAUCUGUAAACGAAGAUGCCCCGCGCACGAUUUUCGGGCUCAAGCUUUCACCUUCUGGACCGAGAAUCGAACCGAAGAAGUGGAAGGAAGGCAAACAUCACAAACACCAGGGCAAGAAACCCCGACCGGAACCUCACCCCAAGGAAUUCUCAUUCGAAAUCGAGUACGAUACCAGAGACGACAAGCGGUAUAAACUCCGGGAUCUGACGGUGAGGCAGUGGGUCAACCUUGCGAGGAGAAUCGGACAGGAUGGGAAGAGGCAUAAGAACGCGCUUAUUCCUCUCGGAGAAGUAGAAGAUGAGGAACAGGAAGAAGAUGAUGAUGAUAGCGAGAUUGAUGUGAGUGGUAAAGGGAAGAAGGGAAGGAAACAUAAAAAAGGGAAGAAGAAGAAGCACGGUGAUAAAGAGUUGAGGAAAUCUGUUUGGUUUACUUUUGUUAAACGCGCUUUUGUGGGGAGUAUGGAUCCGAGGGAGAUCGAAGAGGUUUUUUGCUCUUCUUCCUCAUUUUCUGGUGUCGACGCUCCUCCUGGGGCUGUGGAAGAUGACGACGAUGAUUGGGAGAUUAUUGAUUUCGAAGACGUUGCAGACUUUGAGAACGAGGAAGAGGAAGAUGAUGACGUCGAAGACGAGGACGAAGAGGAAGAGGAAAUUAUAGAGCUGUGA